CAAAUAAAAAAGGUAACUUAAUAAAUUGACUUUUAAAUAUUUUUAAAAUUAUAUGCAGGGCUCUUUCAAAAGACCAGAUCAAGACUAAUGGUGCUCCGUCAAGGCUAUUUAAAAAUGCAACGAAAAUGAAAAUUGUUGAUAUUUUGCAAGCUUCACAAGACUCAUCAAAGGCACAAUAUGGCUGCUUUAUUGGAAAAAUAAGUAAUAUCUUAAAUAGACAUGAGGCUUGGUACUACUCAUGCACAGGCUGCAAUAAAAAAGUAGACAAAACUAUUUACGACAAAUGUCAAAAUUGUCAAAAAAACAAUGAAGAUAGUAUACCAAGAUAUGUUGUUAAAAUCAUCGUGGAAGACGAAACAGACACUGCAAGAGUCACACUUUUUGACGCAGCACAAACAUUGAUAGGAUGCGAUGCUAAAAAAUUCAUGGAUGAUAUAAAAGAGAAAAAUAAUCAGAGUUCAUUGUUUCAAAAGUUUGUUCUCAACAUCGGAAAGACAUACAAGUUCCUUGUAAAGUUGGAUGAGAAGUCAAAGGAUGAACGUGCACAAGGAAAGAUAAUAGCACAAGAAAUUCAAAUCCAAGAAGACAUCACAAUUAACAUUGAUGAUGAUGAUUCAUUUCUCGAUUUACCAAGAAAGAAGAUAAAGGUGGAGAAGGAUUGAUCAUGGGCCCACAAAAUUUAAACUUGAAUGAUUUUUAAUUUUUAUUACAUUUACAAAGUGGUUAAAGGAUUUUAAAUGUGCUUUUCAUAAGCUUUUAAGUUUAUUAAUUGAUGAAUUUAAUUUGUUAGGAAAAUUUAUGAUUUAUACUCAUAUGCUCAUAUAGUUGUUUGAUAACUUUUGCAUGCUUUGAUUGUUAUUGCAAUUAUUUACUUUAA